AUGACAUUCGCCGCGUUUUGCGGCGCGUUUCUGAUUGGCUUCGGACCGGCCAUUGCCGUGAUCGCCGUUACCGUGUCGCGACAGGCGUUCCUCUCGCUCGUUACUCUCACCAGCACCUUCUAUUGGCUCAUCACCCUCCUCGCAAUCGCCUUCUUUUGGCGUCCCUUCAUCGCCCUCACAUCUCUCUCCGAUUUCUUCCUCCUCCUCCUCAUCCUUUCUGCUGUUGCUGCCCAAGAGGUCUCACGACAGCUGCUCUGUCAAAUACUCUUUCGCCUAGAGCGCGGUCUGAACACCAUAGCCACUGCAAGACGCCUGCCCCCGCUCUCCCCUCUCAACACCUUCCAUCUUUCUCUCUCUACCGGUCUGGGCCAUGGGAUCGCCCACUCACUCUUCCUCUUCCUCAGCGUCUCCUCACCCGCCAUCGGCCCAGCAACCUUCUACUCGUGGCGCUGCCCUCAACUGCCCCUUGUGCUGCUUGCAGCUAUAGCCUCUGCAGCGUUCCUCAUAAUACACUCCCUGGGAAUGGUGCUGGCUUAUGACGCACACAAGGCGCAGCUUAUAAAGGGGACAGAGCUCCCUCCAGGAAUACAGUCGAGAGGAGCAGCAGAGGCAGUGCAAGAGAGGCAGCCUCUAAGGGGUACAGAGACAGCAGCAGGGGGCACACCAGCAGCAGAUGAGGGGCAGUUAGGGCAGGUCGGGCAGGCUGGGCAGGUGUCAGAAUGGCGCUUCUCCUUUCCCUCCACCCCUCAAGAGAUGACGGCUCCUGCGAUUCAUGCAGCCGCAGCAGUGUGUAUGCUCAUUGGUCUCGUGCCGGGCGGUUGUGUGACGGCCCUAGUGAUGGCCUGGCUGGUGGCUGUAGCCUCGCUGGUUGUUGUGGCACUGCUGAUCUACAGAAAAGGCAGCAGCAGAGGGAUGUACCAUAGCUAA